GGAGCGGGCGCGGGGCCUUCUGGGACCCGGAAGAUGUCGCCUUUCUGUGUGGAAGUCGGCUCGCCGGAGUCAGCGCAGUGAGCCACCCCGCGGCUGUGGGAGUAAGAUGGCGGGGAAGAAGAGCGUCCUGUCUUCCCUGGCCGUUUACGCGGAAGAUUCCGAGCCCGAGUCGGACGGCGAGGCUGGAGUGGAGACGGCGGGCAGCGCGGCUGAGGAGAAAGGCGGAUUGGUGUCUGACGCGUAUGGAGAGGACGAUUUUUCUCGCCUCGGGGGUGAUGAAGAUGGCUAUGAGGAAGAGGAGGAGGAAAACAGCAAACAAUCGGAAGAUGACGAUUCAGAGACUGAAAAACCUGAGGCUGAUGACCCGAAGGUGGUCACUCGUGUCGUUGAGGCGUUUUUUGGAAUAUUGAAUUCCGCCUUUAAACUGGAGUACACUCAGAGGAGAGAAAGCUUCAAGGAUAACCCAGAAGUAGAAAAGCGGGACCCACAGGAAUUAGUUGCCUCCUUUUCUGAAAGAGUCCGGAAUAUGUCACCUGAUGAAAUCAAGAUCCCGCCAGAGCCCCCGGGCAGAUGUUCAAAUCACCUGCAGGACAAGAUCCAGAAGCUGUAUGAGCGGAAGAUGAAGGAGGGGAUGGAUAUGAACUACAUGAUCCAGAGGAAGAAAGAGUUUCGGAACCCCAGCAUCUACGAGAAGCUGAUCCAGUUCUGUGCAAUUGAUGAGCUCGGUACCAACUACCCAAAGGAUAUGUUUGACCCCCAUGGCUGGUCUGAGGACUCCUAUUACGAGGCAUUAGCCAAAGCCCAGAAGGUUGAAAUGGACAAAUUGGAAAAAGCCAAAAAGGAGCGAACCAAAAUUGAGUUUGUGACCGGCACCAAGAAAGGCACCACGACCAACGCCACGGCCACCACCACCACCACGGCCAGCACAGCUGUUGCAGAUGCUCAAAAGAGAAAGAGCAAGUGGGACUCAGCCAUCCCAGUGACAACCAUAGCCCAGCCCACCAUCCUCACCACCACGGCAACCCUGCCGGCUGUCGUCACCGUGACCACCAGUGCCAGCGGCUCCAAGACCACCGUGAUCUCUGCCGUGGGCACCAUCGUGAAGAAGGCCAAGCAGUGACCCAGGCACCAGCUUGGAGCGGCUCGGACAUUCCUUCCCGUCCAGGGAGGAGCCGCUCCAGGGCUUGAUAAGAGAUGAGACUGCCGCCCAGUGACGAUGCUCGCGGGAGCUUCUGCGUUGUAUAUUUCAGGACUGGGACCUGCUCCCCAGAGGCCGCCCCGCGAGGAGCCUCUGUGUGGCCUUCCAGCCAAACGGAUGUUGCUGCAGAGAUGUGGGCUGUGGACAGGGUCCUUGCGCCACCCGGGUCCAUUGCCCUAUUAAAAGUGCUUGUUCUUGCA